UCCAGUAUACGGCUAAAAGCUGCUACUCAUGCGUCUGGGUGCAGCUCAGAUGACCUGGAUCUAGCCUCCUUGGUUGGCACUGAAAACAGAUGGGUUGAGUCGUUUUUUGUAGUAGAAGACGUACCAUGUCCACAAAGAGAAGAAGUCACUGAAGAUAUAAAUGGAUUCGCCGCCAAAAUUCUAAGCGCAUAUGAAAAAUCUUACGCCGGCAUCAUUGUCUAUUCAAAUCCCUAUUCCACGGCUAGGCCUUUCUCGACCGAGAUUCCUGCGAGCGUUAUUGAUUGGACCAACGUCACCGUCCAUUUCGUCGGCUUCGAGCAGGGAAUGAAGCUGAAGAACUUUCUAUUCAAUCCCUUUUCCGAUAACAGGUACGAAUUACACUUCAAAAAUAAUUCUGGGCUUCCACGAACCAGUGAGUUGUUUCUGGCGAUUGCUGUCGCCGUUUUUCUCUUGGGUCUUCUAAUAUGCGCGAUCCGCCGUUGCUAUCGACUGCGAAAACUACAAGCCACACGAUCACCAAUAAAAAGCACCCAAAAGCCGCAAUCUUUAGCCCAGGAGGAAAUUAUCCAGAUUUCUGGUAUCAAGGAGGAACUGGAGAAAAGACAAAUCAAGUUCCUAACAACUGCUCAAAAUGAAGCGCCUGUACAGCAAGAGCGCCUACAAGGCAUUGGGGUUCCACUAAGGGAUGAUGAAAUGAGCCAUCUUACACAAAUCGAGGACAUGGAGCAAUCAGACGACAUAAUAUGCCCUUUGUGUCAACAAAAUUUCAUGGAUGGUGAAAUAAAGACUGUCUUGCCGUGCCAGCAUGUUGGCCAUAUGGCGUGCUUUCAACAUGGCUGACCACCUAUUCACGGAACUGUCUGGUAUGCAGGCAACCGGUGUGUGCUGAACCGGUCUCCAAAACGCCUGAAGAAGAUCAUGCAUGAACCAAGUCUGCCUUGCUGAUCGGAAAACUUUUCUCGAACGUUUUUGUGAAUGUCUAAAUAAUUCCGUGUUCCGUACAUGCAGCAACCGUUAAUUUUAUGGUCGAUGCUGCGUGCACGGGGAAACACGGGUGUUGGCUGCAUGCAUGGUUGCACGGGUGUUGUCUGCGUGCACGGAGUUCGGACACGGGUGUUGGCUGUGUGCACGGGUGACCUUUUUGGAUCCGCACGGGUGUUAGCUGUGCACGGCUAUUUCAAUUUUUUAGUGGUAACAUUUAUAAUUUUCCAGGUCUUAUUCAACCACAACAGGUUUUUGCGACCGGUUUCUGACAUAUUUUUAUGUGCCAUCAUAAUCUACUCAUAGAAAUAGUUACAGAUUCUUUGUUUUACGACUCAGAGGUUUUCAGCGCGGCUUGAUGCAAGUGGGAAUGAUGUCGGUUGCAUGCCUCAUAAGCGGCCACCAAGUGUGUCCGCAAUUUCGCAUCAGACCCUGCUCAAAAGUGGCCGUUCCAGGAUCCAUCCCGAAAAGGAACGCAGUGGUCUUGGCAGUAUUACAGAAAUUCUUACGAGGCUAUAUUACACAGGAAUGGCAUUACCUUAAUACAAAAGUCUUCAUGGAAAAAAACACUACAGAGAUUCUUACGCCUUCGAUUCUUCUUACAGUGACUUUCAGGUACUUCAUGGUACUGCACUAACAAGUAUAGAUAUUUAACUCGUAAGUCGUAACAUAGUACUCUGUACUUGCUAUGUACAGCAAAUUUUGCAGUACUUGCGGUAGCUAGGUAUUUUCGUUUAGAAACAGUGGGUUUAAAUAAGUGAGUAGGUUUCCAUAAGUAGUAAUUAUGUAAAAAAUUAUAACUAAAAUAUACAAUUAAAUUUAACUUAAACAUUCAAAUAAUUUCCCGUGCACGCAGCCAACGCCCGUGAAGGAAUCCCGUGCCCGCAGCCAACACCCGUUCCCAAACUCCGUGCACCCAGCCAACACCCGUGUUUACCCGUGCACGCAGCCAUAAUGUAAUUAAUUUAUAACUUCGUUGUAAUUUCACUGUGUGU